UGUUUUGCAGCACUACUUUUUGUACACCUCCGAGAGAACCUGAAUGAUUGCCAGAUCCCGCAAGCUCCGGCGGAAAGCCCACUUAACAAAGCCGGGUUUUGCCGAGAUGUGCUCCGGUUCAGGCAAUUUUAAAGCCAGGUUUGUGUUUCGGAGGCGGUCAGUGCUGCGAUAAUUGCUGGGUCUAUUUCUUGUCGGCGGCGGUGCUGCGGUCCUGUCUCUCCUCUCCUGUGCUGGCCGCCAUCUUGAAUUUUAAUGUUAAUUUUCUGGAAAUUUUUGUUUCCUCCGAUAUUUUACUGAAGGGAUUUCUUGUCUAUUCUGGACGCAUAGGACGGAGCGUUCAUACCCCAAGAGAAAGGUUAAAGCGCGGUUCGGGCCCCCCUGCCCCCCUCCCCAGUCUCCCGGGUGCCUCAGACACGGAGACUCGAUGCCUGUGGCGCAGGCGGCUGCCUCGUAUGAAGUGGGUCGGAGAGUCCAGGAACAUGGUUCUGAAUGGCAGGCGUCACAGCACUCGCUUUUCCCAUGAGCCCCUGGGGCAGGCCCGCCCCCAGCCCUCGCCCCGCCCACUCCUGCGCUCCAGGAAGAGCCCCCCCAGCGGCCGUCGAUGUAGCCGACGGUUCAGCACUGCUCCCCUGGAGGUGGAGAGGCGGUAUGUGCCCUCCUCCGGGAUGAGUGCCAAGGAGCUGUGUGAGAACGACGACCUGACCACCAGCCUCAUCCUCGACCCCUACCUGGGCUUCCAGACCCACAAGAUGAACACCAGGUUUCGGCCGAUUAAGGGCCGGCAGGAGGAGCUGAAGGAGGUGAUCGAGAGCUUCAAGAAGCACGACGACCUGGAGAAGGCCUUCCUGGCGCUGACCUCGGGGGACUGGGUCCGACAUCACUUCCUCCACAAGACCAAGGCCCAGGAGAAACUCUUCAAGGAGCACGUGUUUGUUUACCUGCGGAUGUUCGCCACGGACAGCGGCUUCGAGAUCCUGCCCUGCAGCCGCUACUCCUCCGAGCAGAACGGAGCCAAGAUCGUGGCGACGAAGGAGUGGAAGAGGAACGAUAAGAUGGAGUACCUGGUGGGCUGCAUCGCCGAGCUGUCGGAGCACGAGGAGAACCUGCUGCUGAGGCACGGGGAGAACGACUUCAGCGUGAUGUACUCCACCCGCAAGAACUGCGCCCAGCUGUGGCUGGGGCCCGCGGCCUUCAUCAACCACGAUUGUCGGCCGAAUUGCAAGUUCGUCUCCACGGGCCGAGACACCGCCUGCGUCAAGGUCCUGAGGGACACGGAGCCGGGGGAGGAAAUCUCCUGUUACUACGGCGACGGCUUCUUCGGGGAAAACAACGAAUUCUGCGAAUGCUACACCUGCGAACGACGAGGCACCGGUGCGUUCACGUCCAAAGCCGGCCUCCCCGUCGCCGCGCCGGUGAUCAACAGUAAGUACGGCCUGCGGGAAACGGACAAGCGCCUCAACCGCCUAAAGAAACUGGGCGAGGGCAGCAAGAACUCCGACAGCCAAUCCGUGGGCUCGUACACGGACGCCGACACUCAGGACACACCCACCGCACGUUCAUCUGUAAAGAGACGGGCGUCGGCGGGGGGGAAAUCCCGGACUCUCAGCAGGCAGUCUCUCUCCAGAGGCCCUGUCUCCUCUACCUCACACUCUGCGCAGAGUCGCAGCCGAGACUCCAGGGUACCAAAGAGGGGCAAGCCCAAACUGAGCCGGGCCCCGGCCCACACGCAGGCCCGUCUGAGGACCCGCUGUCGGGGCCCCGAGCCCAAGGGGCCCAGCCUGGGCCUGCGGGAGCCCAAGGUGGUUCUGGGUAAAAACAUGUGGGUGAAAAAGGAGGACGGGGGUGGGAGGGGCUGCCUGACGCGGCACGCCGCGAAGGAGAACGGGCGCGGCUCGCCCAAACGGGGGGAGGAGAGCCCGACCCGCGGCUACAGAACUCGCCGGUCAGCCCGGACGCACUCCGGCGCCCGGGAGACCGUCGCCGACGGCAACAAGCUGCCGGGGGGCGUGGUCGUUAAGGCGGAGCCUGUGGACUUCGAGGAGUACCCGGUGAGCCGGGAGCUCCGCCCCAAAGAGCCCGGGCUGGAUUCUGAUUCACUGUGCCCCAGGAAAGGGGCGUGUCCCCGGCGCAGACGGGGGGUUCGGCUGGAGGAGAGGGGGGGUGUGUGUGGGCACUCCCCCCUCCAGCAGGGGGUGCCAGACCUGCGAGACGUGGCCCGCCCGGCCGAUGUGGCGGACUGCGGGGACUUCCUGCUGCGGCUGCCCGACAGACAGCGCGAGUUCAGCGGACGAGCCAAUGGGAAGCCGACGAGCCGCGAGCGGAGGGGUGGGAGGUCCAGCGGGGGGAAGGGGGGGAAGAAGAAGCGGCGAAUCACGCGCUACGAUGCGCAGCUCAUCCUGGAGAACAGCUCGGGGAUCCCCAAACUCACCCUGCGCCGUCGCCGUGACAGCAGCAGCAGCAAGACCAAUGAGGGCGAGGGGGCGGUGCCGGGCGCCACGGCGACCCCCCUCAACUCCUCCACCUCAUCCUCCUCCUCUUCCUCAUCCUCAUCCUCAUCCUCCUCUUCGUCCUCCUCCGCCUCCUCUUCCAAGAUCAGCAUCAAGUUCAGCAAGGACCGACGGAGGCACAGCAGGAAGAGGGGCUCCUACACGGCCAAGCUGAAUAACGGCUUCGUCCCCGGGGCCCACAGCGGCCCCACCCGCCUCAAGAUCCAGCUCAAGAGAGAGGACGAGGGCCCCGUCACUCACACCCUCCCCGGGGAGGUGACGUCCAAUGGGGUGAUGGCGGACGUGGCCGGGGAGGGGCUGGAGCCGGGGGGAGGCGGGGCCCAGGACGAGGAAGCGGACUCUUCGACGGAAGAGGAGGAGGACGACGAGGAGGAGGAGGAGGAGGAGGAGGAAGAAGAGGAGGAGGAGGAGGAGGAGGAGGAAGAUGACGACGAAGGCGAGGACUACUUUGACGACGAGUUCGAGGACGACUUCAUUCCGCUGCCGCCGGCAAAACGGCUGCGGCUCAUCGUGGGGAAAGACUCGAUCGACAUCGACAUCUCCUCACGGAGACGAGACGACCAGUCGCUGCGGCUCAACGCCUAGCCCCGCUCUGGGGCUUUCACCUUAAUGUACAUAAAGCUAUCCUCCAAUCAGCCCAGCGCUGAUUUAAAACCACACACAACACAGCAAAACUCAACAUGAAAAGGUUUAAAAACAGGUUAAAGGUUUAAUUAAAACAACGUGAAAACUCUAAAGACCUUUCUUGUAAAGUUUAGUGGCAGCACUUCUGUUUAUUCAUUAUGGACAUAAAUAUUGUAGAAAGUGUACAGUAUAUGCACUCUUCCCAGGCCUGGUAUGUGCAGAUUUUUAUUAGCCUCACAAUGUGCAAUUCUGAAUUCUGUUGACAGCCUAGACUUGUUUUUAGAAAACAAAACAAACAAACAAAAAAAAAAAACGCAUCCAGCAAAACGUGCUGGAGAAUUCAAUCAUGUUUGGAAACAUGGUAGCAAUGCUAUCCUUUCAAACUCUGAGACCAGGCAGUUCAUUUUAAGGGUUCAUAAUAUCUGCGUAUGUGGGUAUGUUUGUAUGUAUGCCAGUAUGUAUGGUGUGUUUGUAUACAUUUAUCACAUUUGCUCAUGGAACAUAUAGGGAAUGAUGCAAAAAAUUAUGUACAGAUUAACUGGGGGAAGAUCUUUAUGAAAUUGUCUUUUUUUUUUUUUUAAUGAAUAUUAUUUCUCAUUCAAAGCUGUUGAAAAUCACUUCUAUAUGUAGAUACAGGGGUCCAUGGUGCUUUUGUGUGGCAGCUGCCCCCUUUCUAGCUCCGGAAAUGAAAACCAGAGUGUUGGGGUACCAGUCACACGUUAACGUUGUUCCCCCAAAGUUUCAGCCCUAUAUUUUUGUUUCCAAAGCAACCUUUUUUUGCACCUGCUGUUCUAGGUAAUCCUUUAGACACUUUAAAGUAAAAGUUUAAAAUGUUUAGUGAACAACAAUGGAUUCUCACUGUUCACUGCCCAGACUUUUGUUGUACAUAAUUUUUGGAAAGGCCUUCUUGGUCCGUUUAAAUUGGAAAGUGACAGGUCUUUCUCGCAGAACUAAUGCUCCGUUGCUCAAUCCAUGCAAAAUUGGCAGUCAGUCUCAGUCUCACAACCUCAAAGGUAUGCCGGUGAAUUGCAUUAGAAACCGGCUGGAAAGGGGUGAAAUCGCUUCCAGGCAAUUGACCGUGGAUAAUGCGGGACGGUCCUAUAGUCUGUCAGGUCCGAAGCAGGAUUGUCGCCCCCAAACCACAUACCCCCGAAGUGUGUAUGUUUAGAGCGUUGUCGGGUUUUAAAAAUUUAAUUCCAAAACCUGGAAUGCGGUCAUCCUCUCGAGCCAAAAAAGAAUAAUACACCCCCAGUCAUUCUGUAUAUUGUUCUGCUGUCGAAUGCGCAAAAGAUCCAAGGGAUUGUUAUGGAUGAAUAUUAUUAACCCUUGUUGUUUUCUAUGUACCGUUCAUAUCACCAGCAGCCUAUUGCAGCUUUUUCAACUUGCCUAAGUGUACACCCCCCCCCCCCCCCCCACUGUAUGCAGUCCCAAGCGUACUGUCUGAUCUUUGUUACGUAGCCAGCUAUUGGUUGAAGUCCCAAUGGGUUCAUUGAGAAAAAAAACAAACUUUGUGAAUAGUUUGCUGACAAUUUAGAGCAUUAUGUGUACAAGGAUAGCGGGAUGCAGUAUACAGAAUUUAAACGAAGAAAAGCAGCAGUGAUGAUAAUUGCUGUGAAAAUCAUGAGAAAUACCUUGUACUUAUUUAACAGUUUUUGAAUACUUGAAAACGAGAUAAAAGUUUCUUUGCAAGAA